ACAUGUAAACAUCAUGGAAAAUAUUGUGUGUCUUUUAUACGUCCCACAAACAAUUACGUUCCUGUGAGUUUAUUUUAUUUUAUUAUUUUACCCCCCUUUCACCUUCUCACUGCUCACCAGUCGCGCGGUCAGCUGUUUUUUGUUGUUCGCUGGGAAAAGCUCGCAUUUAUGUUGCUUCACUUUUGGCCGAUGGCAGCAUUUGAUGUUGCUAUUUCCCUUCCCAAACCAUGGCAAGUGUGAUAUAAUAUUGUGCAAUAUUAGCGAUAAUCAUUCAGAACCACUUUGUGCUAUUAUCAGCAUCAACUCCAUUCACGGCUGUGAGCAAGUUUGCAAACAUGCUUACGAAUAAAAGCUUCCCAGCUGUUUCGCUGGUGCAGCAUUAUGGGAGCUCUUUCUGCUUCAGGAUGGUCCACACACGGCGGGGCGAAUUAUAUAAUAAAUGCUACCGCUUGCUGGGUGUAAAUGAACAGUCCGACCAGAACACGGUCCGGCAGGCUUACCUGACGCUGGUGAAAAAGCUACACCCCGACAGUGGCCACCCGGAAGCGAGCGCGGAACGAUUCCAGGAAGUGGACAGCGCCUUUCGCAUACUGCAGGAAAAGUUUGCCAAAGCGCGCCGUGGCAUCGUGGAGGACCUGCGCGAGGAGGUGAAGGUGUACGACAUCAAACACACUGCCCCGCAGCACCGCCAGUACCUGAGCUUCGAUGGGAUCGGGUACGGAACGCCCGCCCAGCGCCAAAAGCAAUACCAGACGGUGCGCGCCGCCAAAGCGCAGGAACGCGUGCUCGAACAUCGGCUCUCGAAGGCGCAAGCGACCGAAACGGCUGUUAUGAAGAAGGGCGACUACUUUAAGAAGCACGAAAUCAAGACCAAGUACGGCUACGAUCGUGUCGUCGAGGAUCUGAUCCAGGAAGCGAUCUCGAGGGGAGAUUUCAGCAAUCUGUCCGGGUUUGGCAAACCCCUGCCCGACCAUCAGUCACAAAACCCGUACGUGGACUUUACCACGCACAAGAUGAACAAGAUCAUGCUCGACAAUGGGUUCACGCCCGAAUGGAUAACGCUGCACAAGGACAUACGGCAGGCGGUAGAUGCGCUGAAGGAAGAUUUGCGCCAACUGCGUGCAAAACUAGGCCCCCUGCCGCUGAGCGUGCGUGAGGAGCAACAGUGGGAGAAGUGGCUCGAGCAGCAGCAGGAGGAGGUGACAAAGAUUAACAAAAUGAUCGAUAAAUUUAAUCUGAUCGUGCCGAUGAUGAACAAGCAAAUGGUUCAACUGAGUCUGAAGCGCGUGGGCAACGAAGUGCUAGAGAAAGGGAAACACAGAGAAGAGAUGGUAGAAGACGCUAGGCAAUCGACGGCGAAAACGACACAAACUGAUGCCACCAAUAGGUCAAGUGUUUUAGGUUUUAUUGGUUCCUUGUUUAGUUGAGUGUACUGUUUUAAGUGCAGAGUAUAACCAGUGCAUAACUAAAAUGUUAACAAAA